UCUAACUCUCCUCCCUCCCUCCCUCCCCUCUUCCCACCAGGCCCCCAUCCCCAUCUCUUUCUAUAGCUCCACAGCCCUUUACAUUUCGAGAAAGAAUUUCCAACUCCUCCAUCUUUGCCUUCCCCGCUCUCUGGCCCCCAGCCCCUGUCUCUUCUCAUUUUGUAUUCGGUAUUAUGUUCUCUCCUUUCUCAUCUCCUUUCUCCCCAUCCCUGCUCGUCAUCCCCUUUUCUUCCUUCCCCUUCCACUCUACACUUCUUUGGCGGUCCUGCCUGGACCUCUCUUUUCUUCUCCUGCUUCUGCUCUUCUCCCCCUGCACCUGUGACCCCUUCAGCCUCUCAGUUCUCCUCCCCGACCUCUUCUCUUAUCUUUUCCCUCGACCUCUUCUUUUAUCUUUUCCCUCUUCAGCGGCCUUCUGUGCCCCCCUCUCCUCUCUUCCUGGGCCAUUCUUUUCCUGAGCUGCCUGCUCUCCCCACCCUGCGCUCCAGGCAACUGCCUAUUCACCAUCCUCCUCCUCCUUCUGAACCAACCUGCCCUCUCCCAGCCCUUCAGGCCCUUCCCAUUUCUCCCUGCUGCCCACUUCCCCAAUCCCUUCCCCUGACUUCCUCAGCUUAUGCCCCUGGGAUGCUUUGGCAGUAUUCAAUGUACGGGGUUAGACCCUGAUUCCAGAGGACACAGUGUGUUAUCUCCUCAUGCCCUCUGGGAAGCCUGGCCCCCCUGGCUCCACCACCCUCAGCUCUGAGAACAUACCCUUCCUCUUUCAAAACCAGCCAUCCAGAUUCUCCCAGCAUUCUUUACCCAGGAGAGCUACAUUUGAGGGGGUGGCUUCUUCUCAACUCCACCUCCCUUCAGAGGGCACCUAUGCAUGUGGAUGAUUAAACAUUAAGAGCAGAAAUUAUAUUCUGUAGUUUUUCUCCCACCCACCUCUCUCUGUCUCUAUCUUUCUGUCCUUUCAUCUCUUCCUCCUUUUCUCCUGAAGAUGCAGGCUCCUGAGGCCAAUCCGGAGAGAAAGGCCUGGCGCUGCAAGUGGGGUCCCCUGCGCACAGACACACACACUCAGAUUGACUUCCCUUUCCCUCCCCCUACCUUCAUAUCCCUCCCUAGCAGUAGGUGCUCAAGGAAUCACAAGGUUCUUGGCUCUAAAUUAAGAUCCAUGAAAAGCCUGGAGCUGUGGUAGAGGAAGUGAGAAGGAAGGAAGCCAGAGAAGCCAGAGUUGCCCCUAUGGUGGGGAGUAAAGGCUGAAAAUCUGGGUCACAGCUAAGGAAGACUUCUGACGAGGAGUCAAGGAUGUGGCCUGCUCUGCUGCUGUCCCACCUCCUCCCUCUCUGGCCACUCCUGUUGCUGCCCCUCCCACCGCUGGCUCAGGGCUCCUCCUCCUCCCCUCGAACCCCACCAGCCCCAGCCCGCCCCCCCUGUGCCCGGGGAGGCCCCUCAGCCCCACGUCACGUGUGCGUGUGGGAGCGGGCACCUCCACCAAGCCGAUCCCCUCGGGUCCCCAGAUCUCGUCGGCAAGUCCUGCCAGGCACUGCACCCCCUGCCACCCCAUCAGGCUUUGAGGAGGGCCCACCCUCCUCGCAGUACCCCUGGGCUAUUGUGUGGGGCCCCACGGUGUCUCGAGAGGAUGGGGGGGACCCUAACUCUGCCAAUCCUGGAUUUCUGGACUAUGGCUUCGCAGCCCCCCAUGGACUCGCUACCCCACACCCCAACUCAGACUCUAUUCGGGGUGAUGGAGAUGGCCUCAUCCUCGGAGAAGCACCUGCCACCCUGCGGCCAUUCCUGUUCGGGGGCCGAGGGGAAGGUGUGGACCCCCAACUCUACGUUACAAUUACUAUCUCCAUCAUCAUUGUUCUUGUGGCCACUGGCAUCAUCUUCAAGUUCUGCUGGGACCGCAGCCAGAAGCGGCGCAGGCCCUCGGGUCAGCAAGGUGCCCUGAGGCAGGAGGAGAGCCAGCAGCCACUGACAGACCUGUCCCCGGCCGGAGUCACUGUGCUGGGGGCCUUCGGGGACUCGCCUACCCCAACCCCUGACCAUGAGGAGCCCCGAGGGGGACCCCGGCCUGGGAUGCCCCAGCCCAAGGGGGCUCCAGCCUUCCAGUUGAACCGGAUUCCCCUGGUGAAUCUGUGACGCCCCCCACUGUUGGGGUGCUGCCAAGCAGGAGGCCAAGGGGCUGGCAUAGCCCCCAUCCCGCUGAGGGUGGGGCAGCUGUGGGGAGCCGGGCGAGGGUGCUUCUUGCCCCUGCCCUUGCACACCACCCUGGAACACUCACUGGCCCCACAGGCAAUCCUACCUGCUUGCCCUCCUGUAGGUGGGGGCCUCACAUAUUUGUGACUUCAGUCCCCCAGCCCCACCCUUGCACACUCACAUGAAAGCCUUGCACACUCACCUCCAUCCUCACAGGCCAUUGCACACACUCAUGCUCCAGGACGGCCGGUCUGUGCCCUCCCCACCUCCACAUCUCUCUGCUCAGUGGCUCUCUCACCAUGUCCCUCUUGUGUCAUGUUUCGCCCUCCCUUCCCCAUUCUGUGCUCAGCUCACUCACUCAGUGGUCAGUGUUCCUCCCGCACUUCACCUCUCACCUGCAUUUCCUGGCCCAAUGUCGUGGUGUUGUGUGGUGUGCUCACACUCCCUCAUGAACACCCACUGGUCUAGUUUCCAUGGCCCCUGCAUGCUGCCCCCGAGGUGGGUGGGAGGUGAGCUGGGGGCUCUUCAUGCCCUCGUCUGUCACGGCCCCAUCCCAUUCCACGUCACAUCUCCCUGUCUCCCCCAUCCCACUCCAAGGGCGCUGGCAUCACCCUGAGGGCUCCUCCAUGGGAUCAGGGAUGGUGAGGCCCCAAACUUCUCCCCAACCCCACUGUUAAACCCUGCUGUCUGAGAGAUGGGUUUUGGGGAGUCGCCUGCUGCACUAAAUGAGAAAGGGACUCCCACUUAUCCUUUCCUUCUUCCUAAGUCCCCUUUGUUUUGUCUGUCCUACUGUCUGUGUGUGUCACUCUGGCAUUCAGAGCCCCUGAGCCAGUCCUCCACUUCCAAGCCUCCCUUAAGGCCUCCCUAACUCCACCUAGGCUGCUAGGGACUGGAGCCAGCUGGUUCAAGGCCAUUGGGAACUCUGCCUCCAAAUCUACCUGUUCCCUUCCUGGGCUCCCUCAUGUCCCUCCCUGCCUCCCUCCUUCCUCCUCUCCUCUCCCUCCUUUUGCCUCCUGCCCUUUCCUGCUCCUCAGGUUUCCCCUACUUCUCACCAGUUUCUCCACCUUCCUUCUUCCCCUCUUACCUGGCUCCUAUGCUGUGAUAUAUAUUUUUGUAUUAUCUCUUUCUUCUUCUUGUGGUGAUAAUCUUGAAUUCUUGUGGGAUGUAAGUUUCAAAAUUUUCAAAUAAAGCCUUUGCAAGAUA